CUUUGGAAUCCUGAACAUCCUGAAAAUCCUGAAUAUCCUGGAAAUCUUCGCCUCGCCCCCCCACAAUGCAGUUCAGCGACAAGCGAGGGAAAGUGACGUCAUCCCCAUUCAAAGUCAAUGGGCGGAGACGCGCUGGAAGCGGUGGACAAAUCGCCAAAAGCUGCUGUGUGUACGGGCCGUACCAGCAAAGCCAUGCAGAGCACAUCGUAGCUCAGUUCUAUGCCACAGAUCAUUUUGUUUUAAUCCUUGGAGUAGAUCUGUCUUUUUACAAUUUCAAGCCUCAGUAAAUGGUCAACUCAACAACUGUCUUCUGAGUCUUUGUUCGCUAUCUGUGAAUAGUAAAAAGACACUACUCAGCUGGAAAGGCAGCGAAAUAAUUCUGUGAUCAGCACGCUACUACUUCAACCUAAAGACUCAUUCAUCAGAUAGCCGUAAGAUGAAUGACCAGGAAGAAGAACUCCGGUCUGUGGAGACCAGGUCCCGGGCCUCAAGUCACAGGUCAUCAACAAGGUCAAGCAAGUCAUCUGCCAGUGCUGCAGCGACAAGGGCAAGAGCUAAAGCCGAAGCAGCAAAAAUAAAGGUAUCCUUCACAGAAAGGGAGGCAGCCAUGAUGAGGCAGAAAGCAGAGGUGGAGGCAAACCUUUAUGUUUUGAAGCUGGAAAGUAAAGCUGUGGCCGCAUCUAAAGAGGCAGCCAUAUUUGAAGCAGCUGCAGCAGAUUUGGAAGAAGGACAUCUUGGUGAGUUACAGGAUUUAGCUAAGGAGGAUCCAGCAAGACGCACAACAGAAUACAUUGAUAAACAUUCAUUUUUACAAAACACUCACCAACAGUUUCAAAACGUGGAAACACAGAAACUCACUUCUCACAAUAACAGACAGCAGGGCAUACAUUGGCCACACAAGGGUGCAGAUGAGCACAAACCCACUGAGGACCGACACUAUGCAUCGCUUCCUGUCUCUCCAGCAUUCGUUCCAAAUAACUACUCGGCUCCAACUCCUCAUACUCCUGAUCUUGCUUAGUAUCUCGUGAGAAAAGAGAUGGUGAGUUCUGGGCUCCUUGCCUUUGAUGAUCGUCCAGAAAAUUACUGGGCAUGGAAAUCAUCAUUCCAAGCAGUUACAAGGGAGCUGUAUCUGUCUGACCACGAAGAGCUCAACCUCCUUGUCAAAUGGCUUGGACCGGAGUCAGCAGCACAUGCAAAGCGGAUAAGAUGGAAGUCUACACAGUGAAAGUAGCAACUGGUACAUCAGAGUAUUCAGGCACCAACAACUACAUCUAUGUGACCCUGGUGGGGGAGAAUGGAGAGAGUGAACGCACCGUGCUGGACAACCCCGGACUGGAUUUCUGCCGAGGAGCGGUGGAUGAGUACAAGGUGACCUGCCCCUCACCUCUCGGCCCCCUGCUGCUGGUCAGGCUGGAGAAGCAGAGGUACUGGUUGGAGGACAACUGGUUCUGUCGCUACGUCACAGUGGAGCCUCCAGGUGGAGACACAGUGCUGACGUUCCCCUGCUACCGCUGGUUCAUCGGAGACACCAAGGUGGAGAUAAGGGAGGCCACAGCGAAGACCCCAAUGCAAGAUUCCUUACCCCAGCUGCUGGAGCACAGGAGGAAGGAGCUGCAGGAGAGACAGGCCACUUACAGAUGGGUCACAUGGGCUCCGGGGAUUCCCAGAUGUAUCGACGCCAAAACAGAAGCAGAUUUACCCCAGGAUGAACGUUUCGACAACGAGAAAAGGAGUGACUUUGAACAUUCACUGCACUACGCAUUGCUCGAGCUGUCUCUGAAGAAGCUGGCCAUCAGCUUUGGGAAGUCUUGGAAUGACUUGGAGGAUUUCAAACGAAUUUUCUGGAAACUACGAAGUCCCAUAGCCGAGUACUGCAUGGAGCACUGGAAGGAGGACUGGUUCUUCGGCUACCAGUGUAUGAACGGCUCUAACCCCAGGAUGAUCCGGAUUAUCCGGAAGCUUCCAGAGAACUUCCCAGUAGUUCCCAACAUGGUGCAGAGCUCCAUGGCUCUGGGGACCCACCUGGACAAAGAACUCAAGGCAGGGAACAUCUACCUGUUGGACUACGCCAUCAUGGACGGGAUCCCCACCAACACCAUCAGAGGGAGACCCCAGUUCAUCGCGGCCCCCCUCUGUCUGCUGUACCUGCACCCAGACAAUGGACUCAUGCCCAUUGCUAUACAGCUGGAGCAGAAUCCGGACCGGGACACCCCCAUCUUCCUGCCCAGCGAUCCCCCCCUGGCCUGGCUGAUGGCUAAGAUGUGGGUGCGUCACUCUGAGUUCCAGGUGUUCCAGCUGCUGUCCCACUUGCUGCGGACCCACCUGGUGGUGGAGGUGUUCUGUGUGUCCACCCUGAGGCAGCUGCCCGCCGUGCACCCCGUAUACAAGCUCCUGUCCCCUCACCUGCGCUACACCCUGGAGAUCAACUGCAGGGGGCGCACUCAGCUCCUCUCGUCCAACGGCAUCUUCAAAAGGGUUGUGUCCACCGGGGGGGACGGCCUUAUGAUCCUGGCCCAGAGGGAGUACAAGGUGCUGACGUACCGCUCCCUGCAGCCCCCCAACGACUUCGCUGACAGGGGUGUGUUCCAGCUCCCCAAAUACUUCUACAGAGACAACAGUCUGAUGCUGUGGGAGGCCAUACACAGUUUUGUCUCGGGCAUUGUGGGUCUUUAUUACCAGUCAGACGAGGACGUGACGGAGGACCAGGAGCUCCAGGCCUGGUUCAGAGACAUCACUCAGGAGGGCUUCACAGAGCUGCCCAACUUUGGUCUGCCCAGCAGGCUGACCCUGGAGGAGCUGAGCACCCUGCUGUCAGUGGUCAUCUUCAUCGCCACAGCCCAGCACGCUGCCACCAACAACGGACAGUUUGAUUGGUGCGCCUGGGUCCCGAACACCCCCUGCACCAUGAGACACCCCCCCCCAGUAGACAAAGAUGCUGUCACCAUGGAGAUGAUCAUGGCCACCCUCCCUGAUGUGAGCCAGUCCUGUGUGCAGAUGGCCAUCACAUGGCAUCUGGGGCGGGCCCAGCCAGACGCA